GACUGUGAGGACAAGGGAGAGGCGCCAGAACGACCAGACCUAGGCUGAUUUGAGGGUGAGCGAGGGAGAGUUUGGAGGGGUUUUUCUAGACCCAUAGGGGGCAGCCGGAGACGGCAGCCAGAGAUGUGGGGGCGGAGAAAGGGUGGGGACCGGCCCCGCGGGGGGCGAUGCGGUAGCUGCUGCAGCGGCCGCAGGAGUUUCCCACAAUGCAGCGCGGCGCGCUGUCCCCGGUGCUGAUGCUCAGCGCUGCCCCGGAGCCUCCACCGCGCCCGCCUCCCGCCCUUUCCCCGCCGGGCCCCGGCUCAGCGCCUCGCCAUGGCUCUGCUCGCUCGGGUCCUGCCCCAGAGCCGUCUGGGGGCCUGGCCGCGGCGCUCGACAGCAGCCUGCGGGCUGCCGUGGCGUUCAAGGCGGAGGGUCAGCGUUGCUACCGAGAGAAGAAGUUCCGAGAAGCCAUUGGCAAGUACCACCGGGCACUGCUGCAGCUGAAGGCUGCUCAGGGGGCCCGCCCUGGCGGUCUGCCCGCCCCCUCCCCGGGACCCCCCACCAGCCCGGGGCCCGCCCGCCUCAGCGAGGAGCAGCGGCGCCUGGUGGAGAACACAGAGGUUGAAUGUUACGACUCCCUCACUGCUUGCCUCCUGCAGUCGGAGCUAGUGAACUAUGAGCGUGUGCGUGAGUACUGUCUCAAGGUGCUGGAGAAACAGCAGGGCAACUUCAAGGCCACCUAUCGUGCCGGCAUUGCCUUUUACCACCUGGGCGAUUAUGCGCGUGCGCUGCGCUACCUACAGGAGGCCCGCAGCCGAGAGCCCACAGACACCAAUGUUCUCCGCUACAUCCAGCUGACUCAGCUGAAGAUGAACCGUUGCAGCCUCCAGAGGGAAGACAGUGAUAGUGGCACUGGAGGCCCAGCUCGGAAUGUCGUGGGCUGAGGCCAAGGGGCAGCCUCCACCUUAUUCCCUCCAACCUAACCAGGCAACUCCCCCUGACCCGAUUACUGGUAAAGCACCUGCUACUGG